GUUUAUAUAUAUAUAUAAGAUAUUAUUGCAGAGUCUAGAGAGAGAAACAAGCGUAGUGGUGUACGUGUCGGUGGAAUUAGAAUUUGCUUAUAAAAACUUUCUUUUAAGGUCAAAAAAUUCAAUAUGGGCUUUUUGCCCAGAUGACAAGAACUUCACUUCUCCUUAAGAGAGAGAAAAUUUUGUUUUUUUCAGAGAGUUAGAGAGAGAGAAUGGACGGCGGCGGCGGCGGCGGCGCUACUGCAGUCAUCGCCGGCGGAGCCAGGGCUGUGACCCGGAGGAGGAGCGACAAGCCGUACAAGGGCAUACGGAUGCGUAAGUGGGGGAAGUGGGUGGCGGAGAUUCGGGAGCCCAACAAGCGAUCCAGAAUCUGGCUCGGAUCCUACUCCACCGCCGUGGCGGCGGCCCGAGCCUACGACACCGCCGUGUACUACCUCCGCGGCCCGACGGCGAAGCUCAACUUCCCCGACGAAAUCUCCGCCGGCGGACUGAACGACCUCUCCGCCGCCUCGAUAAGGAAGAGGGCGGCGGAGGUCGGCGCCAGGGUGGACGCCCUCCAGGCCAACGGCGGCGACGGCCUGCCGGUGAAACCCUCUUCGUUUCAAGAUGAGAUUGAUCUCAAUAAAAAGCCCGAACCCGAAUCCGAGGGCCCGAACCUCGAAUAUUGGUGAAUAUAUUUUUUCUUUUUUAAUUAAUUAUAAAAUUACGUUGUAGUUUCUUUAAUUUAAGAAACUCUUAUGUGAGGGGUAUAAUGGUAAACAUGCACCUCGUAGUUAAUUUGAUCUUAGGUUUUCACCCCUUAUAUAUAUAAAAAUAUAUAUAUUUUUUUUUUAUUUGUAAGUUUAUUUUUGUAGUGUUUUUCUUUUGUUGGAUAGAACAGUUUUGUCGUUGGGAACUUGGGAUGAUCCGUUAAUGUAAAAGAAUUAUUGAUUAUGUAAAUAUUAAUUAGCUUUUAAUUAAUUGUUUUUCUUUUUUUGUUA